CCUGGGUGAUUUUUGCUUGUUGACUUCAAGAACAUGGGUUGGGUCUCUAUUAGUAUAUAAAGUAGGGAUUGAGAUUAGUUAAAGCUACAGUCGAUAAUUUUCUGCUUUCAAGAAGUUUUUGGAAUUGUCGUAGGGAAUUUUACUAUCACCAUGAAGUGCUUUAUCAUAUUAUCUGUGAUGAUUGUUGCUAUUGGAGCUCAAAGGCUUGUGCAACCAGAACAAUAUGCACCAAUUCCCUACUCUUUUAGCUACGCAUCAGAUCUCGAAGAUGGCGGCAGAAAUGCACAUCAAGAAGAAGGGGAUGGCAAUGGACGAGUGUCUGGUUCAUACACAGUCCAGGGAGAGGAUGGUUUGGGCAGAGUCGUCGAUUACAUUGCAGAUGAAAAUGGUUUCAGAGCAACCAUCAGAACCAACGAACCAGGAACUGCCAAUCAAAAUCCAGCUGAUGUAGUUAUUGAAUCCACAGCUGAUAACACUCUGCCAGCAGUCAGGACAGCACCCAUUGCCAGACCAGUAGUACCCGCUCCAGUUGGCAGGCCAGUCGGUGUCCGAUAUGUUCUCGUUCCCAUAACUGAUCCAAGAGCAGCUGGUUACUAUUAAUGGAGAAUCCCUAAAACUAGUUCCUUAAUCCCAAUAGGCAUUUUAUAAACUGUUCUACCUUUUAAUGGUCAUUCAUUGUUAUUUGUUUCGAAUUAUAUACUCAUUUUAUUCGUUAUCGUCGCUUUACGUUGCAAGUUUAUCAAUAAAAUGAUGCAGUUGAAAUGGUGAUUGUAAAGUUAUUGGAUUGGUGGCAUAUAUGAAAAAAUGAAUAAAAAAAUUAAUAUGUGUAUGAAUUUGG